AUGGGAGCGCCGGCGACAUCGCAGUGCGGCGUUCCCCAGAGCUGGCGGCGAUCCAAGCCGCGCAUCCUGCCAGCUCAUCGCCUCGCACACCGCAGCUCUGCGCCGCCAAUCGCAGAGGCCCCCUCAAAUCUCACGGGCAAGACAGCGUCUGCAUUCCGAGGAGGUGGCGAAGCGGGCGGAAGGGCGGCAGGGCGGGGCUGGGGGGGAGCGGAGCCGUGGUUGGCGGUGCAGCGGCGGUGGCUCACGAUAUUCUUGCUCGCGUGGCUAGCGGCGGGGCUGGCUCUGGCGGCGUGGACGGUGAGUCGCUCGCACGGCGCGCUGCAGGACGAGCGGCAGGCGGCGCUGCUGACGUGGUGCGGGGAGCGCGCGCGGUCGCUGGUGCACCAGUUCCGGUCGUCGAGCGACCACGCGAUGGUGUUCACGGGGCUCGUCGAGGUGUUCGGCGAGACGACGGACGGCAACCCGUGGGGCCACGGCAGCUGCAUCACGCGGGAGAGCUUCCAGGCGUAUGUGAAUGAAACGAGCUACGCGCGGCCGUGGGUGUCGUCCAUCACGUGGAUCGUGUUCGUGGACCACGCUGACAGGGCGGAUUUCGAGAGGCGGUUUGGCAUCCGGAUUCUGAGUCCCCUGACACGACAGGCGUCGCCGCCUCGGGACUGGUACGCGGUGUUCCUGUACGUGAGCAAGGGCGAGCGCACCAACAACAGCGACUGCUGCUACGACGCUCUGCAGUCCAGCCGCUUCAAAGAGGCCAUCAUGCACGGGCAGGCCACACACAACAUCUCCAUCACGCCCACCUACACCAUCUGGAACAACCACCCCGCUGUUGGGCUGGGCUUCCCAGUGCUGCAGAACACGAGCAGUGGCGAGGUGGUGAUGAGGGGCAUGAUAGGCGCGGCCAUCGACAUGCAGGACCUCAUCGACUUCCUUCUCAAGCACCUCCUCUCCGCCUCGGCGCCGUUCAAGCUACAGCUGUACGACACCAGCAACAGCACAGCGCCAGUGCUCAUGUACGACAGUGACGGGCUGCAGCGCCUGCCCACGCUGCAGGACAACGUCGUGGCGCCCGCCACGCCCGCCAUGCUGCAGCCCGAUAGGUUCAAACACGUUGAGCCCAUCGACCUGCGCGACCCCUCCCGCCAAUACGAGAUGUGGUGCCGGUACACGGAGGGGGACACGGUGGCGUGGGAGUGGAGCUCGCUGUCAUGGGGCGUGCUGCUGCUCGUGGUGUUCAUCCUCGUGUUCUACAUCCUGCUCACCAUGGGCCGCCAGAACGCCGCCAUGCGCCGCAACUACCGCCGCAUGGACGCACUCAAGGGGCGCGCCGAGGCAGCUGACCGUGCCAAGAGCAACUUCCUGGCCACCGUGUCGCAUGAGAUCCGCACGCCCAUGAACGGCGUCCUCGGCAUGCUGGAUUUCCUGCUGGAUUCGAAGCUGGACGCGCAGCAGCAGGAGCAUGCGCGCAUGGCGAGGGCGUGUGGGCAGACGCUGGUGUCGCUGCUGAACGACGUGCUGGACCUCGCCAAGGUGGAGGCGGACCGCCUUGAGCUCGAGCACCUGCCCUUCAACCUCCGCGCUGCUGUCGAUGACAUCCUUGACAUCUUCCGCACCAAGGCGCAGGACGUCGGACUCGAGUUGGCAGCGCUGGUGGACAGCAGUGUGCCGGAGGUGGUGGUGGGGGACCGCAUUCGCCUGCGCCAGGUGGUCGUCAACCUCAUCGGCAACAGCAUCAAGUUCACCCCGCGCGGCCACAUCUUCCUGCACGUCUCCGCCCCCUUCACCUCCUGCCCCGUGCCCUCCUCCCUCCCCUCGCCCCUCGCCCUCCGCUCACGAGUCGUCACGUCCCAAACUGCCUCCUCUCCGCACCGCACCCCCUCGCCGUGCAAGCAACCCUUGUCCCCGGGCACGCCUCCCUGGGGCGUGAACAGCAUAGAGGUGCAAGUGGCCUGCUCGCCCCUGCGCCGCCCCUCCAGCCCCCUCGCGGCCUCUCUGCUUGCCGCGGGGCGCAGCCUCUCGCGCACCUACCAGACGCUCUCAGGCCGCCCCUCCACGCUCUGCUGCACGCCUGGCGCCGCACACAGCAGCGCAGGCGCCCCUGGGUGCGGGCCCACAGUGUCGUGCGUGCCGGGGGAAGUGUUUGGCGGCUGCUUCCCCGCGCUGCUGCAGGGCGGGUACAGACGCGUGGAGGAGGGGUUGCCCGUGGAUAACAGGGAGGACCAUGGGGACGCGGGGCACAUGGGGGAACGGGAGGAACUGGUAGAAUCACAGGGAGAGGGGCAGAGCAAGGAGAGGAGUGAGGCAAUAACACUGCUGGUGACAUGUGAGGAUACAGGGCUGGGCAUUCCGGUGAGCGCGCAGGGCAAGAUAUUCCAGCCGUUCACACAGGCAGAGAGCAGCACAGCGCGCACGCACGGCGGCACGGGCAUCGGGCUGACGAUCUCGAAGCGCCUGGUGAAGCUGAUGGGCGGAGACAUGACACUCGUGAGCGAGCCCGGGGUGGGCACCACCUUCGUCUUCACCGUCACCCUCGCAACCAUGCCCCCGCGCCCCCCGCGCCCCCUGCCGCCGGGUGUGCCAGCGAGCCUGCGGUGGCUGGUAGAGGAGGACCCAGACAUGGCGCCCGUGGUGGCGGCGCUGGCAGGGCGCCGCGUGCUGCUCGUGGAUGGGCUGGCAGUGCGGCAGCGCGUGGCCGCCUCCGUGCUCACACGCCUGGGCGUCACUGUGCUGCCCGCCUCCGAUGCUGCCUGCGCCAUCGCCAUGGCCAUGGGGGGGUGCCAUGCAGGUGGUAUGGCAGGCGAUGGCAUGGCGGGUGAUGGUGUGAGUGACGGGGGAGAAGCAGCAGGGCGGGGCGUGGGGGAGGAGGGAGCAGUGCGGGCGUGGGAUGUGAUUCUGAUUGACAAGGACGCCUUUGGGCCGCGCUCAGGCUUCCACGUUGCCAGGGCUGUCAGGGACGCACAACGGGCAGGGACGGUGGCAGACAGGGGCGAAGGCAGCGCCGCAGGGGAGGAGGGGGGUGGUGCAUGCGAGGGGGUGCAGGGGAAGGGGGAGGGUGGUGGGGGCAGCAAAGCAGUGGCAACCAUGAUCUUGAUGGCGUGCAAGCUGGAGGCGGAGGACAAGACAGAGGCGGACGAGUGUGGGUUUGCAGAUAAGCUCCUGAAGCCGCUCAGAAAGUCCAUUCUGGCGGCCUGCCUCAUACAGGUGCUGGGCAUCAAGAUGGCGAGCAGCCAGUCAGGCAGCACGGAGAAGCACAAGCGUAGAAAGGCAAUGGAGGCACUCGUCGGAGGAAGGAAGAUUCUUGUGGUGGACGACAACGUGGUGAACCAGCGUGUGGCGGAGCGCAUGCUGCAGCGCUACGGGGUGCUCACACACGCCGUGCACAGUGGCACCGCUGCCCUCGCUGCCCUGGACGAGGCGGCAAGCAGCGGGCACCCCUUUGAUGCUGUCUUCAUGGACGUGCAGAUGCCCGGCAUGGACGGGUACGAGACAACACGUGCCAUCAGGCACAAGGAGAGGGAGAGCGGAGCAGCAGCCUUGCCCAUAUUUGCCAUGACUGCCGAUGUGAUCAGUGGCAGUCGCACGCGCUGUGAGGAGGCGGGCAUGGAUGGCUUCAUACCCAAGCCAAUAGACGAGGAGCAGCUGCAUGCCACGCUCUGGAACAGCUUUGGAAGACAAUAG